UGUAUAUACGUACUCAGUAGGCUUAAUUGUUUUCGACGAACACGAGCAUAGGCCUACAACCUUUGGCCUCACCACCGUGGAGUGCAUAAGAUUCUUUUCCAGAUAAGAUAUCAAAAAACAUUAACAUGGUGAAAGCUUGGUUUAUGAAUGAUACAGAUGAGGACCAAAAGCUGGAACAUCAUCUAGACCCUGUCCAGAUGGUAGACCUCGAUUAUCUGGAUGAACAUGGUGUCAAGUAUUGGCAAAUUGAUGCAGAUAAUUACAAGGAAGAAGGCUUGUUGGACAAAAUCCGUAAAGAAAGAGGAUAUAGCUAUGAAGAUGUUAUCAGUAUAUCUAAGGAUAAGCUGCCGAAUUAUGAAGAAAAGAUAAAGUCCUUUUUUCAAGAGCAUCUGCACACGGAUGAGGAAAUACGUUUUAUACUGGAUGGAAGCGGUUACUUUGAUUUCCGGGACAGGCAAGGACGUUGGGUGAGGAUUGCCAUGGAGAAGAAUGAUCUAAUUGUCUUACCUGCUGGCAUAUAUCACCGCUUCACCUUGGAUACAAAGAAUUAUAUCAAAGCCAUGCGUUUGUUUGUUGGUGAGCCAGUCUGGACGGCACACUACCGACCUGCAGAUGACCUGCCUUGCCGAAGAGAAUAUCUCAGAUCCCUGGUCAAGGCAUAAAUUUGGAUGACUGCCUUGCUCUACACAUACACUAUAGGCAACUAUCAAUGAUAUGAAUGCUGUUGUUCAUGACACAAACUAUUGUAGCCAAAAUAUUGUGUGGGUUCAUCAGAAAUUUAACACUGUAUAUAGAAAAUAUAUUUAAAAAAAAAUCAUAGGCAGUGUUAACUGUCGUUAGAUAUCUGUGCCAUGUCUUUUUGUUCAUGGGGUAUUCUUGUUUGUACUUAGACUUGCCACAAGUCUCUUAUUUUUUAUUAUUUUUCUCAUUCUUGACAGCGCCACCAACAAGAAAUUAAUUUAGGGACAGAAUAAUCCGAAAAAGAAAAAAAAAUUGAGUAUGGGAACGCCAAUUAAAUUAGGUAUGGUGCGCACUAAGUGCAAUAAAGAGUGGGUAACCUAAAAUUGGGGCCUGGAACACAGGCUAGUUUGUACUAUGAUAACAUAAGUCUUCCGAUCCUCAGCCUUUCAAAAUACGAUUCUUAUAUGAACAAUUGAAAUUCAGUUACUUAAAAGUUGACUAAGCAUCUGAAUGUUUAUAAGGCUGAACUGUUUAAGUGUGAAGAAAGUUAAUGUUUGUGUUCCCACAGCUAAAAGUACAGGACAUCUUCACUUAUUUAUUUUGCAAGUAAAUUUUACUGGUAGAUCAAGCUGUUAUGUAUUUUAGCAAAAUAUGCAAAUACAUCCAGAUUGUCUAAAAAUCCAUUAAAAACUGAUGAUUUAAAAUUA